AUGCCCAGUCCUAUCCUUCCAAUUACAUCCUCAAACUUACCACCGAAGCAGCGCACACAACAGGUGCCCCAACAUGUCACCGCGCUCCUAUCACACCUCACCUCCCGCCCGGGGGUCCAAUCCACCCUGAUCCUCUCUCGCAAAGACGGCUCCAUCAUCCAAAGCACAGGGCAACUCGCCGCUCCAGAGAACACUUCUCCUCGCAGUACACCACCAACCUCAUCAACCCCCGAUCAAACUCCGACCGCACAAUCCUCCGACUCGUCCCCUGCCUCCCCAACAUCCCCGACACCAACGACGUAUCAGCCCUCGCAGGCAGAGGCGCUGGCUGCGCAUAUCUUCAAUUUUGUCUCCAGCGCCUCUGCGCUGGGAAUCUCCCUGGCUCGACCUAUUACCACGCAGUCUACUGCUAAUGGACAUUCGUCGAGCGGAUUGGAUGCGGAGUAUGGGAGCUAUGCGAAUGGCACGGGUUCCACCACGCCUAGGGAAGAAGAUCAGGAUGGGCAGGGGGGAUCGUGA